AUGGAAUUAUGCUCGUUCCACUCGUGCUCGAAAGGGUACAUGGGUGAAUGUGGCUUAAGAGGCGGGUACGUUGAGGUGCUGAAUAUGCAUCCGGACGUUUUCAAACAUUUCAAGAAAAUGAUUUCUGCAAAACUUUGUCCGACCGUCCUGGGACAGAUCGUCAUGGACUGUGUAGCGAAUCCGCCAAAACCGGGCGAUCCUUCAUACAACCUAUGGAUAAAGGUAUCACUUUUGAACUAA